AUGAGUGAUAGCGAUAUUAAAUUCUACUACUUUAAUUUACAAGCUCGAGGUGAACUUACUCGACUUAUAUUCGCAGCUGCUGGUCGAUCUUAUGAAGAUAUUCGUUUUGGUUUUGAUACAUGGCCAGAAUACAAACCAAAAAUGAUUUUAGGUCAAUGUCCUGUAUUAGAAUUCGCUGAUGGUACACAAAUACCACAAUCACUUACAGUUGCUCGUUAUGUUGCUCGUGAAGCGGGUUUAGCUGGCUCGGACAAUCUUGAAUCAGCUAAGAUUGACGCUGUUGUUGAUACACAACGUGAUGUUAAUGAAGUGUUUUAUGGUAAAGUUUUCUUUGAAAAAGAUGAAGCAAAAAAAGCUGAAGAAAUGGAAAAAUUCUUAACUGAAACACUAGUUAAACAUGUCGAAAAUUUAGGUAAAUUGAAGAAAGCCUACAGCACAAAUGAAAGUUAUUUUGUUGGAAAUAAAUUAUCAUGGGCUGACUUAUUUGUAUUUCAAUCUAUUCAAAUCUUAUUAAAAGCUGUACCACAAGUUCAAGGCAAAUUUGGCGAUCAAUUUAAACCAUUGUUUGAUGCUAUUAAUGGUAAUGAUAAAAUAAAAGCGUAUUUAGAUGCUCGUCCAGAGACAGAUUUUUAA